AGGGCGAGGGCAAGACGCACUGCAAGAACGCGCACAAGUUCAGUCGAGGCGUCUAAAGUGCACGUAACAUCACUGUCUGCGCGGAACAACCUUACACAAGUGCUCAACGUGAUAGGGGGAAGAAAUAUCUCUGUCGAUAAAGUGUUUUCAUUGUCCACAUCCCUUUUGAGGAAAGAAAAAAUACAGAGCGCGAGGAAGCGUUAAAGAGCGCCGACGAGUUUUCGAACCGGUCUCUGUUUUUUGUUUUAGUUUUAUUUUCCAAAAUGAAUGCGGGGGAAGAAAACUUGCUAAAAUCCAUCAGCAAUGACACCCUGCUGGACCUGACGCAGCGGUAUGGACAGUCUGCCUUCGGCUUCGGCUCUGGCCGUGGUGCUGGAAGUCCUGGUCGUUUCACCCUCACACCUGCCGCAGAUUUCCUCUCCGGUCAAACGGGAAAGUCGAACGAAAGUGGCGGGGAACAGACUAGCGACGAAGACGACGGUUUCGACCACCUCGAACCGCGUAAGAGAGUUGCGGGCUUCGACGAAGAGAAGCACUCGAGUACUCUCGCCAAGAAGCCGAAAGAGCAGAGAUCUCUCCGGCUGAGCAUCAACGCGCGGGAGCGGAGACGAAUGCACGACCUCAAUGACGCUUUGGACGGCCUGAGGUCUGUGAUUCCAUACGCGCACAGUCCGUCAGUGAGAAAACUAUCUAAAAUCGCAACUUUGCUUCUUGCUAAAAACUACAUCCUAAUGCAGGCACAAGCGCUGGAGGAGAUGCGCCGGUUGGUGGCUUAUCUGAACCAAGGACAGACUAUAACCUCACCCAUUCCCACCGCACUGGCGCCUUUCGGACAGGCGGCCGUGUACCCCUUUUCGGGCACGGCACUGGCCACCUGCGCGGAGAAAUGCAGCUCUUUCUCCGGGACCCCUUCCACCCUCUUCAAACACUGCAACGACAAGCCUUGACUUCAACGCCCUGAACUCUCACCUUCAUCAUCCUUGUGUUGGUUUAAAUGCGCUUUCGAAAUAUUUGGUUGAUAAUGGGCUUAUAUCCAAUUCAAAAUCCCUGCUAAAUAAAAUGUCUAAAUAACCACAACGUGUCAUCCAGAUUUGCUAGAUAAUACAACAAAUAAUGUUAAAUAAAUUCAGCAUUAAAUGGGGGCCACAGUAUUAUUGGAAUAAGCUUUUAAAUCCUUCAAAUUCCUCGGCUUGUCUCGUUUUUCCUCAAGCAAAGGAUUAAAAAGAAUUAUUUGUUUGGAAAAAAGCACAACAGAAAAAAGGACAUAAAUUUGCCCUUUCGGUUCCAGCGUUAUCGGUGAACUAUGCAAUUUAUUGUAAUGAAAAAAACAUGCCCCACAGACAGUCAUUUCUUAAAUAAUGGCAGAUCAUUUAAAAACCUGACUAUAUGCUGAACUAUUUCCACCUGGUCCAUCAGUGUGUCCAUCAGUCAUAAAAUGUUUGGCCUAAAAUGAUUUUGUUAGUGUUAUUGCACAAUUCACUUGAUUGUAUUGUACAACUGUGAAGAACUUCUUGAUCAAGCCUGCAAAGCAUUUGAUCUUGUGCGACAUGAGUUUCAUACUGUAUAUUGUUUAUAUGUCUUUAUAAUUAAAACAUAUAUCU